UUUGCUUACGCGAACGGCAGAUAAUUUGAAUUUUCAAAAAUAACAGAUUUUAUAAUUUAGCAUAGAGAGAUAUUUAACAUACGUUGUUUUAAAACGAAAACAUCCAGACAUGUACCUCUUCCAGAAACCCGACUUUGUUGUAGUCAUCUACACCGGCAACCGCGACCUCGCCGGCACCAACGCCCACAUCUACAUCAAACUCUACGACGAACACAACAACAGCACGCCGGCCAUCCACCUCGACAACCCCAUCGUCAACGACUUCGAGCGCGGGUCCAUCGACAGCUUCAAACUCGGCAGCAACGACACAUCCGCUCUGGUGAAGUCGUCGAAAGUUCUAAAAAUAGAACUAUGGCGCGACAACCACGGCAUUGGUGCUGAAUGGUUUGUAGAAAAAGUUGAAGUCCAGAACAAGCAGACCAACGAGACGUUUGUGUUUCCGGUGUUCAGGUGGGUUAGGGCGGACGUCCACUACACGAUCCAGCAUUUGGACACAGACCUGCCGCAGUGUGUACCCGCGGACAUCGAAGCUCAGAGGAAGAGUGAGUUAGCGUAUAUGAAGAGUCGGUAUGAAUUGGAUCACAAGUUUCCCAGUCAGUACCCAGGUGGACCGUGUCAGAUUAAGAAAGUCCCAUUAGAGGAAAUGUUUUCGGGAAAAGAUAUUCUGACCAUUGGCGGGAUGGCGGUCAAGCUCAAGGCCACAGCCGCCUACACAGCGGCUCUCAAGUGCAAGGUCAACAGCCUGUCCGACCUGGGGAAGAUCUACUCCAAAGAGUUCAACCGUCCUGAGCGUGCUGCCUAUUGGAUGAGUGACGAAUACUUCGCCCUACAGAGACUUGCAGGGUUAAACCACUCCAUCAUAGAACUGGUCACACACAUACCAGAAAAGUUUCCUGUCACAGAUGACCUACUAAGACCUUUCCUCGAAGGCCUCAACAUCUCGCAAGCCAUCGCCCAGAAGAGACUUUAUAUCUGUGACCUUCACCUUUUGGAUGGCUUGACCUGCAAAGAAAAUAGAAAACUGUGUUCACCCAUUGCACUGUUUUUCGUCGGCGCCUCGCGAAAACUCAAACCUGUCGCCAUUCAACUUUUUCAAAAACCAGGGGAGACAAACCCAAUUUUCACCCCAGCCUGUCACCACAUGACCUGGACAUUGGUCAAGAUGUGGUACAACCACGCUGACGCCGCUUACCAUCAGGGUCUGACGCAUCUCGGAUUCACACACCUACUGAUGGAAGGUUUCUCACUAGCUACACACCGCCAUCUCUCCAUCUCGCACCCGAUGUACAAGAUUCUAGCCCCCCAUUUCCUUAACCUGCACGCCAUUAACAGUCUAGCACUCUCAGAGCUUCUCGCAGAUGGAGGGUGGGUAGAUAAGACAAUGAACUACGGCAACAAGGGAAUGUACGAGUUGAUGUUACGUGGGUACAAAGUGUGGAGCCUUGAUCACCAUGGGAUUUUGCACAAUGACCUGAAGAGAAGAGGGGUCGUUGACCCGGAAGCUCUUCCAGACUACCACUACAGGGAUGACGCCAUCUUGCUGUAUGACGCAAUCAGUGACUACGUCAAAGGCUACAUAGAUUUAUACUACACUAGCCAGCAAUCCCUGAUGGAUGACUAUGAAAUACAGAACUGGGUUGAGGAACUGGCCAAGGAAAGAAGCGGAUCGCAUGGUGGAAUAGGGAUUCUGGGUCUACCAGGCAAUGGGUCACUGACCAGCCUUGACCAGCUGAAGGACAUCGUGACCUGUGUCAUCUACAUCUCCAGUGUAGGGCACGCGGCCACUAACUUCCUACAGUAUGAUGAGUAUGGAUUCCCACCCAAUUUCCCACUCACACUUAUAGGGAACCCACCCAAUGACCCUACUUACAACGCGUCAGAAUCUGACGUCGUCAAGGCUCUACCUGACAUGGUCACCAUCAUGGACUCGCUGAUCAUCACCAAAAUCCUCAGCACGAAGAGCACCAAAAGCCUGGGCGACUUCGAGGUCCAGUACAUCUAUGACCCAAGGGCCAUCCCAUUAGUCAACAAUUUCCGCAAGAGAAUGUUGGAGAUCACGCAAAUGAUCGACACCAGGAACAAAGACAGGCGUCCCUCAUACAACUACCUGGACCCUAAGUACAUCCCCAACAGUAUCAGCAUCUAGAGACAUCCCCAACAGUAUCAGCAUCUAGAGACAUCCCCAACAGUAUCAGCAUCUAGAGACAUCCCCAACAGUAUCAGCAUCUAGAGACAUCCCCAACAGUAUCAGCAUCUAGAGACAUCCCCAACAGUAUCAGCAUCUAGAGACACCCCCAACAGUAUCAGCAUCUAGAGACAUCCCCAACAGUAUCAGCAUCUAGAGACCAUCCCCAACAGUAUCAGCAUCUAGAGACAUCCCCAACAGUAUCAGCAUCUAGAGACAUCCCCAACAGUAUCAGCAUAUAGAGAAAUCUUCCAUUGGCUGGAUGUCCUCGUCUGCUUCGUGAUUUACGCAGAUAAAUCUUGGAGCUCUACGUUUAUAUAAUUAUAUUAAGUGUUUAUCACAGCAUAUUAUGAUAUAAAAUCAUUUAUUCAUCUAACCCCAUAAUUUUUUUUUCAUAAUUCUUAAAUUUCGAGAUAUGAAAAAUAGAAUCUUAAUGUAACCGAAACCAUUAUGCAGAUAUGACACAAGCCUUGAAAUAACAUAAUCCAGACCAAACAUAAAC